AUGCGUUACGAAACCGCGGCAGCUCUGGCAAUUGCCACCGCGCCCUUUGUUAGGGCAGACAGUUACUCAAAAGCAGGAGUCUCGGAACGCGCAGUAGUCCCUCCUGCAGGUACUCCCUGGGGUGUUGCGUACGGCAAGGCAAAGACAGCAUUAGCACAGCUCACUCUUCAAGAUAAGGUCGGCAUCGUGACUGGAGUGGGUUGGAAUAACGGACCUUGCGUUGGAAAUACGUCUCCAGUCUCCAAGAUUGGUUAUCCAUCUCUAUGUCUUCAAGACGGACCCCUCGGCGUUCGGUUCUCAUCCGGCAGCACAGCAUUUACACCGGGUGUUCAAGCCGCCUCAACGUGGGAUCUAAAUCUAAUCAAUCAACGUGGACAAUUUAUUGGACAAGAGGUUAGGGAUACGGGAAUUCACGUCACCCUCGGUCCCGUAGCCGGACCGCUGGGAAAGACGCCCCAGGGAGGUCGCAACUGGGAAGGUUUCAGUCCUGACCCAUAUCUCACUGGAUUGGCCAUGGCUCAGACGAUCAAUGGCAUCCAGUCGGUGGGAGUGCAGGCGACGGCCAAACACUACAUCCUCAAUGAGCAGGAACGCAACCGAGAGUCAAUGUCGAGCAACGCCGACGACCGCACUCUCCACGAGCUUUAUGCCUGGCCUUUUGCCGACGCGGUGCAGGCCAAUGUUGCCUCUGUCAUGUGCUCCUACAACAAGCUCAACACGACUUGGGCGUGCGAGGAUCAGUACACGCUGCAAACUCUGUUGAAAGACCAGCUGGGGUUCCCGGGAUACGUCAUGACUGAUUGGAAUGCACAGCACAGCACUGUGCAGAGCGCUAUUGCGGGUCUCGAUAUGUCAAUGCCCGGCACUGACUUCAACGGCAACAACAGGUACUGGGGCCCGGCUCUCACCACUGCGGUCAACAACAACCAGGUGCCCACCAGCAGAGUUGACGAUAUGGUGACACGUAUCCUCGCUGCGUGGUACCUGGCAGGCCAAGACAAGGCAGGCUACCCGUCAUUGAGCCUCAGUAGGAACGUUCAAGGGAGCCACAAGUCCAACGUGAGAGCAAUUGCCAGAGACGGCAUUGUUCUCCUCAAGAAUGACGCCAGCAUCCUGCCAUUGAAGAAGCCUGCGAGUAUUGCCGUCAUCGGGUCGGCCGCCAUCAUUGGUAACCACGCCAGCAAUGCAGGUUCGUGUGGCGAUAAGGGCUGCAACAAUGGUGCUUUGGGCAUGGGCUGGGGCUCUGGCGCCGUCAACUACCCUUAUUUCGUAGCGCCCUAUGAUGCCAUCAAUACCAGGGCCACUUCCCAGGGCACCAAGGUUACCUUGAGCAACACAGACAACACGUCCUCGGGCGCAUCUGCAGCAAGCGGAAAGGAUGUCGCUAUUGUCUUCAUCACUGCCGACUCGGGCGAAGGCUACAUCACUGUGGAGGGCAACGCUGGUGACCGCAACGACUUGAACGCCUGGCACAACGGAAACGCUCUGGUUCAGGCAGUGGCAGGGUCCAACAGCAAUGUCAUCGUCGUCGUUCACUCUGUGGGAGCCAUCAACCUAGAGCCGAUCCUCGCUUUGUCCCAGGUCAAGGCCGUUGUCUGGGCUGGUCUGCCAUCGCAGGAGAGCGGCAAUGCGCUUGUUGACAUUCUGUGGGGAGAUGUCAGUCCCUCUGGCAAGCUGGUGUACACUAUUGCCAAGAGUCCAAACGACUACAACACGCGCAUCGUUUCUGGCGAUGACAACUUUAGCGAGGGACUCUUUAUCGACUACAAACACUUUGAUGACGCAGGCAUCACGCCUCGGUACGAGUUUGGUUUUGGAUUGUCUUACACCAAGUUCAACUACUCCCGCCUCUCUGUCUUGUCCACUGCAAAAUCUGGUCCUGCGACUGGUGCAGUAGUACCUGGAGGCCCGAGUGAUCUUUUCCAGAAUGUCGCGACCAUUACCGUGGAUAUCGUGAAUUCCGGCCAAGUGACUGGCGCCGAAGUUGCUCAGCUGUACCUCACUUACCCAUCUUCAGCGCCCAGAACACCUCCUAAGCAACUGCGUGGCUUUGCGAAGCUGAACCUGACGCCAGGCCAGACUGGAACGGCGACAUUCAACAUUCGAAGACGCGAUCUGAGCUACUGGGACUCGAGCUCGCAGAAGUGGGUGGUGCCAUCGGGAUCGUUUGGCGUCAGCGUAGGAGCGAGCAGCAGGGAUAUCAGACUUACGGGCAGUCUGUCGGUUGCUUGAGGGCGAAUAUUGUAGAACUGCAGCGGAGAGUUAGCGAGGCAUCUCCACUGUAGUAUAGUAGUAGAUACUGUAUAUUGUCGGAAGGGAAAUUCCGCAUGUACCGAAAAAAAUUGGAACAAGCAAGAAAUUUG